AGCGGUAGGCGCCCCGAGAAAAAUGUCUUCUGAUCAACGCAGACUAAGCGUGUCUUCAAUCAGGCGGUUCCCUGUAGAAGUUCGUGAAGAACUCAACCGCUUUCUUCGCCGAAGUUCAUGGCAGUGCCUGACUAGAGAGUUCAGCAUUGAUGUUCUGACUGGUCUCAAAGCUGAAGCACUCGACAACAUCGCCGACUUCGUGAACAGCGACUACCCUGAGUUUCAAGAAGACGUGAGGAAAAGAGUAACGACUCUGAAAAGUACAAAACGAGGUAAAACCCAAAGCUUCAAAGGCAAGAGUAAAGUGGGAUUUCACAGCUACUUCUACAGGUAUUUCUUUAUUUAGUCAUUCUUUCGCACUCUCAGGGAGAUCAAAGCUACGGCGCUGGCACAUGGUUUGUUCUGUAAAUGGCCAAUUACAUACUCGCCCGAGAAGUUUAGCGCUGGCUCUGUUUGGCGAAAUGAUUUUCAGCCUGAAAUUAUAUGAGUCGGGACCGAAGGCUUGGAGGGAAGUUGGGGGCCCUUGAAGAAUUAGAAUGACUAACCGAUUCUCAAAUCGUUUUUCUUUUUCCGUACUCUCCUUUUAUGCCAAACAGUUCUUUUGCCUUUCCUGGUUCAGAUCAUGCGACGUUCUCAAAGGACUUUGAUCUUUGUCAUUUGUUAACGAUGCGGAGUGUCACUACGAAUCGACAGGCGUCGGAGUUGGAGUUUUUUUUACGCUGGAGACUGGGAGAACUCUGAGCCACAAGCUUGAAGGAAUUGGAGACUCGCGAAUCAAAACGUUUCCAUUUUCUUCUCAUUUCACAUGAUUGCGUCGCUUUCGAUCUAGUGAAAAGUGAGAUCGAAAAUGGAAGCGGAAGAAUUAAUAAAGCAAUAGCAAGGCAACAGUGCUCAAUAUCGCCUCUAGAGAAAACACACGAGGAGAAGUUUGAUUUUAUCUGCGACAAAAGCUGUUACCCAGAUAUCGCACGAUCAACCGUAAUGAUUUACACGAGGAAAAAUAAGACGCAAACUGUACCGUAUAAACGGCAUAUUUACACCACUUAGCUUAGACGCGUGUUAUCUAAGAACCGACCUGUUCCUAUCUUGUAGGUUUUGGCUGGUAGGACAGCACAACGAUGAGGAUCUGUACGACAUUGUGUUUUGCCACAUUUGCCGCAAAGAAGAGUUUGAUUUCUUUCUCUGUCUUGACAAGGUCAUCAAGGGUGGUGCCCACACGCUUGCUUCAGUUCCUCAGGCAAUUAAAGCUAUGAUCGGUGCCAUUCCUGCGCGAGUCAUGCCCUUUCUAGAAAGGGGUGUCUUCCUCGAAGGCGAGAAAGAGAGACCUGAAGCAGCACCAGCACAAGAAGGCGCGGUAAGCCCUUAUACCGACCUCACACAAGACCUGGGGGACCGUCUCACCGAAUAUGAGCUCGUGGAAGACCUCAUUGAGAGAGGAACACUAGAAGAGAAUGCAGAUGGAACCCUGUCUAUCCGGCUGCAGUAACUAAGUAGGAAGAGAAGUUUAAAAGUGAAACAUUUUCUAAUAACAUUAACAGUGCACGGCUAAAAUGUUAGAGAAUUUUGGCCUCAAUAACGUAUAGAAGGUUAUACCUCGAUUUUUGGAUUAAACUAAAUUUUCGCCUACCAAUCUUGUACACAGUGAGGGUCCCCAAUAGGUUUCGUGCAAAUUUCGUGCAAUCCCGUAAUCUCGAUGGUUAUUUUUGGCAUCCUCAUGCACCUCAUGGGCAUACUUUCAAUCCCGAAUCUCGACCCGAUUUUGCUUUCAAAUCCCCAAUACCGAGCUUCAAAUAAGGGAAAUCUCG